AUGACUCGAUCCGGAAAUCCCACUUGCACUCGAGAGAACGGCCUACCUCAUGAAACGAACUCUUCAGUCUCGACAUUAUUGCGCCAUCAAGCCAUGAACCUUAAUGAAUCACUCGUCGAUUCCGACCCAUCUGCCACCUGUCUGUACGCAUUCUGGCGUUUGCUUCUUUUCCCUUGUUCUGCGAUAUCACUCGGUGCCAAGCAAAACUACAGAAUAAGGCUGUUGGCACGUACGACGAGGAAACGAUAG